GUACAACGUCAACAGAACAAUGAACUGAUUCCUCACUUAAAGUCAACGUCAAUAACUUGUUUCGCCACAUAUUUAUGAAUGUAAAUUGAAAUUUGGUCAAACGAAGCUUUCUCAGAUCUUAGAUCUUAGUGCGUUGCGGCAGAGGCGUGAAACUUAGACUUUCCCUAAUCUAAUUGUGGUCUUGCAACCAUCAGUAUGGACAUGCGCCAACCACGCAGGAUUAGGAUGUCUAGUUCGAGGAAUGGAAAUAUUUCCAACGUGGAUGAUAAGGUUAAGGAACAGAUUAUGGAUGCACUACGAGUGAGAGACCAAGAAGAAAAAAUUAUCGGAUUAUGCGGGCCAGAUAAAAGAGUUAGGGCUUCUGUAAAAACAAUUAUAAGAAGAGUUGAGAGAGAUGGAUUGUUCAAAAAGAUUGUCAGAGCAACUGUGACUAAGAAACAAGACAUUACAAAUAUCCAAAUGCAAAUUGGUGAUGCAAUAGGUCUCUAUUUUGAUGAUAUGACGGAUCUAGCUGAAUCAACUUGUUUCAUGUUUUUCAGUAGUAGUAAAAAUACGAGAACUACAGAAAGAGCUAAUCUUCUAUGUGCUACGAUGAAGGACCUGCAUACAAUCCUAGUUGUACUGUAUGAUCUUCAUGGAAGACUCGAUUUAGGUGAGAUCGGUAUCCCCUUUGGUGAAGAUCAUAAUGGUUGCCAGAUAUUGCUGACAUCUACAAGUUUGGAGGUUUUAUCCAAAGAAAUGAAGGUUCAUAAAUUGAUACAAUUAUCAUAGACAUGACAUGAUGGCGAAGCAGAGAUGAUGAAAAUCUGAAGUACAAAGAUGGACAUCAUUUGAAAAACACCAUGGUUGAGUUGAGAGAUUCUUGACAAAUGCUUUAUAGUUUUUUUUGUCAUAUGCUUGUUGUGUUUGUAAUCUAAGAUAUGACCAGUUCUGUUUGUAGGAACUGCCUUGAUGUUACUAUCACCAUAUAAUAUUGGCAGUCGACCAUAUAAUAAUGUGUAAGUCGAGAUUGCCUUA